GGAGGUACACGCAAACAAUCCCAAAGUCAUACGAAAGGACUAUAACAAGAAAAGUAUGUUUUCACAAUACUUGCUCCAUCUGCUUUGCUCUCGGUGGCAGUAAACGAUAAGUUCAGUUUUUAUUUUUCUGGCAUGAUGAUAAACUGAAGAUUAUCUCAAAAAUAGGUAAAACAAUGGUCAAAAGCCUGCAUAAGCCAGACACUGAGACACAGAUAUUUAUAAACUGUGGCAUUUUAAAUUCCAAUGUGACUUAAGGGAUAGUAGAAUCAAGGUAGUGCAUUGAACACAAUCAACCACAAAGGAGCAGAAAGAAGAGGAUGUGAGGACGAAUGUUCCUUCCUUAUGGACAAACAGAUUUACAGAAGGUUGCUUUUAGUUGCCUUCUCUUAAAGGUUCUCAUUGCAAACUGUAAACUGAAACAAAAAUAAAGCAUCCAUGACUACAUCAGAUGGUGCCGUUUGAAGGAGUUUUCUCCAGUAGUUGUCUCGAUAAACUGAUAGGCUUUGUUUACAUUGAAUGUGGACCUGCCUUUUAGAAUUGCCUAAGUCCAACAAAAACCACAAGGAAGGUUGUUUCACGUGACUGACCUCCAGUCGGCUGGCUGUAGUCUGUUCAGGUCAACAAAUAUGGCUGAAUCAGAAACAUGUAGAGUCUCUAAGAUGUUCAAAUCCCAUCUGCAUAUUUUACUCAACAAAUCCAGUCAUAAGUACAUACCAGUAUUACAAAAUCUCCAUGUGUUUUCUAUGGGCAUUGCCAUUUUUUUUUACCUAUUAGUCACUUAAGCAGUUUCCAAAGGGAAGAAAAAAACAAAUUUUGCCUGCAGAUUUUGAUUUUAAGAACACAUUACCCCUCCAAUAAAAUAAUAAUAAAAAAGUACAGAUUUUGCUUCUUUGACACUGCAAUGAGUAGUUUUAUUAGCAAGUUUUGUUUUUCAUAAGGAGGGUGUUAAAUUGCUCUUAAUGUCUCAACACUGGUACUUCAUUGUAUGGCUCAUUAUUUAACUGAUCAAAAUGUUGGAUUUUUUUUCUGUUUUUAUAUGUGAUGCAUUUUGAGAAUUCUACCUUUUUCUCGACCUGAAGCACCUUGUAGAUGUGGUCCUUCACCAGCUCGACUUUCACAUUCACUGAAAAAACUUGAUAGGCAUACAGCUGCAGCCUGAAAAACAUCUAUCUUUAGUUCACAAAAAAAUAAACCACAAACACACAAAAGUGCCUUCAUGUGUACCAGCACUGGUUAGAUGAUUCAGUUGUGCACCUAAAGAAUGAUAGCGCAAAACCAAGCACAAGCCCACACAAGCAUUCACGUCCAAUUUCACCAUCCUCUCACCUCUUAUCUGCUUUCUCGCUGAUACWCGGCUGAUGUUGCUAAAACAUGUUUGUAGCCAAAGUUUAACGUGUCCAAAUCUGGACACUGUUCGCUGUAAAAUAUGUUGAUAUGUGUGAAAAGAUUGUCCCAAAGCAAUAAACUGUUAAACUAUGGUUGCAAGUAUUGUGUAAUCAUUUCUUGUUCAUGUUUAAGAGCUGAGCAAACUCACUUAAAUGGAUCAAAGUGAAGGAGCUCAUGUUUGAAGUGUCGAGGCUCGUCUGCCCUCUGCUGGUGAGUUAGAGGUAAUGCAGGUMUUUUUUGUAGCCGUGUCAUUAUGUUCCACAGCAAAACCCUUUUUGUCACUGCCUCCUGCUUUAAACAAAGUCUGUGCUGGAYCCAUAAUUGCCACCUCUUAUCCUGUUAUGCUGUUAUUUUUGUCUSCACCAGCUCUUUGUGGAACCUGUGUUUUUCUGUCACAUUUAUUCACAGCGAAGCAAACAUUUGUGUCAUCCUGUAUUUUCGCUUUAAAGCAUUCAGUGUCAGCUUUUUAUUUACUUAUUUCUAUGAUUGAUUAUUUACCAUGAAUGCAUUUUGGAUCCUGAUUGCUCCCAGAGUUUUCUUAAAAAAAAAAAAAAAACAACAACCAAAGGAAACUUGCGAGUCUGUCAUCUUUUGUUGUCAUGAGAUAAUUAAAACGUCAGGCCCUGUUUACCACAUUGCUGGUGUUGUCACAGACAUUGUGCUGAUGUUGAAGUCUAAAAACUGCUCAGGAAGGUUUCAAAUUAUCUAAAAAAAAUUGACGCUGAUUUAAGAGGAAACGUAAUUUUAAGAUAACAGAUCUUAAAAUUAAAAAGCUUAAAAUUUCAUGACAUUUGCAAGGCAAAGUUUAAAAACAGAUUGUGUGAUCAGGYAGCUCUCAGAUUAUUGGUUGUGGAUGACCCUCGGCGACCCCUACUCCAAAUCUCACUGUGACAUCUGUAAAUCUGACUGAGUUUUGUUCUUUCUAAAAGCAGUUAUCUGGCAGCCGUCUUGACUUCAAAGAUAGUUAGUUGUAGCUUUACAUCCAGCCUUUAUUCUAUGAGAGCUUCAUUAAMAUCUGCCUACAGGGGUUGAGAUAUUUUGCUAACAGGACAAACAUAUGCACCAACAAGAGCGAGAACAUGAACACCCUUUGACCUCAGGGUUGCGUGCGUUUAGAUACCACAGAUACUUUUUCUUAGUAUGAACACAAUAACGCUUMGACGGGACUGGGACUUGGCAGACUCCGAAUAAAAAGAUGAGCCUCGCCCCUCUGGGUAAAGGUAAUCAGAUCAUGAGAGCAUCCCUGAYAAUGARUGUGCGUUUGUGAACCUGGGAGUUGACGUCGGGACGAGAGGUGGAGUUCUGUCACCUGCAUGCAGGCAGCUUCAGUUACACACGGCUGUCAGUUUAGGGUGUGAAACCGAAGCUGAACGUGUGACUGAGAUCCCAGCCGAUUUGGACAACAUGAACAGGAUCUGGAUCUUCGUUUUUUUGUCUCUUUGUGUUUCUGGUUUGACGCAACGUUCGUCCAAUACCUCCUUGUUUCUGAUCACAGCUCCAGAGGUCGUACAUGCUGCCACACCCACUCCCUUGGCUUUCACCGUUUUUACUAACUUCUCUGGCCAAAUACAAGCUGAGGUGACACACAGAGACACAAAAAUAAGUCAAACGGAGAACUUUCAAGGAGGUUUGACCAGGAUCCUCACACUUCCUCCUUUUCCGUCCUCCUUAGCUUCAAAUUCUCCGUUAAAUCUGACAGUUUUCGGCUACAGGGAGAACAGCCUGAUUUUCACCACCACCACCAGCCUCACCUUCAACCUUAAGAACGUCUUCUCCUUCAUUCAAACCGACAGAUCUCACUACAGACCGGGGGACACCGUCAGAGUCAGAGUUGUGUCGGUCCAGUUUGACAUUAAGCCAUACAGAGGCACAGUGGAGAUGUCUGUGCUGGAUCCAAACGGGGUGAUUGUGGACCGGUGGAACGCCACAGAGAAUCUGGGGAUUUUCUUGAAAGAGUUCAGUUUGUCCCAGGUGUCUCCGUUUGGACAGUGGAUGAUCACAGCAACAGUGAAUGGGGUCACUGAUGAGAAAAGAUUCAUUGUGGAGGACCGUGACAACGCAUCUACUGCUUUUCCUCCCUUUGAUGUUCUGCUAAAGACUUUGUCACAAGUGCUUGUUGGGGAAAACAUCUCAGGAUCGGUGAGAACUUAUUACCCCAGUGGACAACCUGUACGAGGCACGUUGGUUGUUAAGGUCACUUCUGAACCUUUAAACAUAUCACAAACUAAAACGAUCUACGGAUCCACAAAUUUUUCCUUCAGCAGAGAUCAGCUUCAGUUUUUAUUCUCUUCGUCAGCAUUUAGCAUCAACAGCCUUGUUUUCCACAUUACUGCCCAAGUUAACGACGUUAUCACAGGUUUAACUGUGAAAAAAAACGUUGAAGUCCACCUCGAGCGGGAUAAAUUCCACCUUACCUUCCUCAAUUUUCCACCCUCCCUAAAGCCGUCCUUACACUUCUUUACAAAUCUCAGGAUCAGCAGAUACGACGGGAAGCCUCUGAGCCUGUUGGAUUUAAAUCACUCCGCUGUGGUUGAAGUCGCUCAGAAAACCUCGUUCCUGAACUCUGAUCGUGUCACYCUCACACUUCCUGUACCGAAGGACGGCAACGUGCUCAUCCAGUUUAAAUUAGACGCUCAAGCGGAGAUGCUUUUAAUAGUGGCCAAAUUCCAGUCCAGUGAGGAAACCCUGAAGGUUUACAACAACUACUCCUCCUCUAGUGGUUCCUACAUUCAGAUCUACCCAGUCAGCACGUUACCUGCACAGAUUGGGUUACCAUUUCAAAUGAAAGUGGAGAGCACCUUCAAAGCAGCUACGUUUCACUUUGUGGUGAGCUCUAAAGGUCAGGUGGUGGCUGCUGGAACAAAAAACGUCUCUUCUACUUUGGAUCUCAUACCGGCACCGUCCUGGUACCCCGAAGCGUGUUUCRCUGUCUUCUGCAUCCUCUCAGACGGGGAGAUAAUCAGCGACACAGCACACAUACCCUUCCAUCAAAACAACCAGUUGACUCUAAGCUGGAGCCGUGAUCRGGCCCAGCCAGGUGAGCAGGUGUCGCUCACUGUGGCCGUCGGUGAGUCCAGGUUUCAAGCAGCACUCGUGGUAAUGGAGAAGCAAAACGAGGCACCGCGGUCUUAUAUGGAGUUAAAAACGGAGCAGAGAUGUAAUCUUAAGAUGAUGACCAACGCAUUAUUGAAUGAGAAAAUACAACCAGAUGGACCUAAAAACGAUUGUGAUGAUGGUCUAAUUAUUGAGAAAUACUGGAGCCAGUGGAUUGGCACCAGUGAAUCACUUCUGUGGUUUGACUCUAAUGUCAGUGAGAAGAACUGGACCAGUGGGAAAAUAGCAGUUCCUGAUGGUGUCGAUUCCCUUGAGGCUUUAGCACUUGUGAUGUCCGAGAACCUGGGUUUGAGUUUCACCCCGGUACCUCUCAAGCUGAGCAUAUCCAAAGAUUUCUCCUUGUAUUUUAUCCUCCCUCCAUACGCCAUCAGACGAGAGGAAAUCGUGCUGGAAGUAAACGUAACCAACCAUUUGGACCAUGACAUUGAGGUCAUCGUGUAUAUUGCGCAGACUGAGGCCUUUGAGUUUGUUUUGACGGAGCGACGUAACACAUCUGUUAUAAACGCCCAAAAACUAAUUUUGGGAAGUCAUCAGACGGCGUCAUCCUUAUUCCCUAUAAGGCUGUUGGCUUUGGGCGAGAAGRACAUUUCUGUGGUUGCUUUAUCUGCAGAGGCCUCAAACAGCUUUACUCAGAGAAUUAUGGUGAAGCCUGAAGGAGUGGAACAGUUCAGCUCACAGACUCUGUUCCUGGAGCUGGCAGAAAACCCAAACGGUCCCAGAUCUGUUUCCUUCUCUUUUCCACCAAACGUGGUACCAGGAAGCCUGAGGGCCCAAAUAGCACUGGUUGGUGAUAUCCUGGCUCUGUCCAUCGAAUACUUGGACUCACUGGUUCAGAUUCCCACUGGGUGUGGGGAGCAGAACAUGAUCCGCUUUGCUCCAAGUGUGUACGUUCUCCAGUAUUUAGACAAGUCGAUGCAGGAUGACCCCGAGAUCAGGAGCAAAGCGUUGAGCUACGUAACGGCAGGUUAUCAGAAUCAACUGUCCUUUCAACGAGACGACGGUUCCUUUAGUGCUUUUGGACGAAACGACUCUUCYGGUAGCAUAUGGUUAACAGCAUUUGUGCUGCGGUGCUUCAUUCAGGCUCAGCCCUACAUGCAAAUAAAUGGGAGCAUCCUGACCGGUGCCAUGAGGUGGCUCCUGAAACAUCAAGGGCCCAAAGGGGAGUUUGUUGAGGUCGGCAGAGUCCUCCACACUGAGAUGCAGGGAGGGCUGGACGAGGACUCGGUGGCCCUCACCGCUUACGUGCUGCUGGCCUUUCUGGAGGAAGAGGCUUACUCUGUCAUGUAUGAAAGCAAUGUAUCUCUGGCCCUGAGGUACCUGGAGACCAAAGCGUCCAGUGGUUCAAUCCGCAGCAACUACAGCCUGUGUUUGGUGGCGUACGCUUUAGCUCUGGGCAAAAGUCCUAUAGCUGCAAAAGUGCUCUUGGAGCUCAGCAGGAGAGAUGACUACACAGAUGAUGUCAUGAUGUGGCUCUCCUCUGCUGGCCCGAGAGCACUUGAUCAGCAGCCGGGCUCGACACAGAUUGAGAUGGCCUCGUACGUUCUGCUGGCCUUUUUUAUGCGAGGCAGCUUUAUUGAAGGGAUCGCCCUUGUGAAGUGGUUAAGUACGCAGAGGAGCCAUCUAGGAGGUUUUGGAACAACUCAGGACACCGUGGUUGCUCUCCAGGCUCUGGCUUAUUACGCAGCAUUCAGUGGUGCUAAUGCCAUCGACCUGAAGUUCAACAUUUCUUCCUCCAAUUCUUCGUUUGUGUCACUGUUCUGGAUCAACUCAACCAACUAUCGAGCUUAUCAAAGCCAAAAAAUUAAUCCAGAAAAGGAUUUACCUCUAAAUAUAAACAUGGAUGGAAGAGGCUUUGCCAUAUUUCAGCUGAACGUUUUUUACAACGUGAAGAGUGAAAACCUGCUGCAGACCUCAGAUGAGGAUGCGUUCUCGUUAACGGCUAAUCUCACCGACAGUGACACUGAUCACAUCACCAUGUCUGUGUGCACAAGACUAAAAGCCAAUCAGCCAGUUCCUCACACAGGUAUGGUCAUGCUGGAUGUGGGCAUGCUCAGUAGCUUCAUUCUUCUCCCUGGAGCUGCAGUUGAAGCAGAUUUUAUCAAACGGGUGGACAGAACACCUAAUAAAAUCAGCCUGUAUCUGAGUUCUGUCAACAAGUCUGAGGUUUGCAUCAGACUGCCUCUGGUCAGAAUUUACAAAGUGGCUCRUGUUCAGGAUGCUUUGCUGCAGGUUUAUGACUACUAUGAACCCACGAGGAAAACAACAAAAAUGUACAACGCAGACUUUCUUCAUAACAAGGACUCUUGUUCUUUCUGUGGUAAAACAUGUGAUCCCUGUCGACCGGGGAUCACCAUCACCGUCACCCCCUCAGUGUUGUCUCUCUCUGCCAGAGGAGCUUUCUACAGCCUGAUYUGCUUGAGCCUGGGAGUCGCUGCUUUUCUUCUUGUUGUCUGAUCAUAAUAAUAACACGCAGCUGGUUCAUAGAUAUCCUGUUUACAACAGGGACAAAUGGUUGUAAUAUUUAGACUUUUAUCUUGUUUUUAUGAUGAGGUGCACAUGUGCCCUCUGCUGUUUACAAUGUGUUUUUAUUUUUAUUUUUUUACAAGGAAGCCAMUGCAAAAUAUAUUUGAAAGAGUUAAUGUAUUUAAAAUAUGUGUGAUUCUUUUCAUUUCAUGCAUUUCAUUGUAAAUCAAGCUAGUUUUUACAUUUUUAUUACAUUGAC